UGAUCGGCGCAGGAUGUGGCCUCGCGGUGACGUCAGGGCCAGAUGUUUCCCCAGACCACGCCCCGCAGGGGUCCGGGCCACUCCGAGCAGCGAUAACGGGGAGAGCUUAUUCCGCUGUCACCGCGCCAUGCAGGGGCUGGGGAAGCCGCGUCGUUAUCGUGUGACGCGCUCGAAAACGCAGCAUUAAUUCACGCUCCAAGCAACAGGCUGCCGGUGCCGGGAUCUAUCUGCUCGUCUUUUCCUUCUUCCAUUGGACUUCAGCGCUUUUUUGAUCUAAGGACAAGCUGGGCGUGAUCGUCACGAACGGGAAGGAAAAGUGCCUUUUUCUCACCUCUUCUGUUUGGAUUUCUUUUUGGACUUAUGAAAAAUGGCAACGGCAGCAUACGUGGAUCAUUUUGCAGCAGAAUGCCUUGUUUCUAUGUCCAGUCGUGCUAUUAUCCAUAGUCCCAAAGGGGAGACUGAUCCCCAGCCUGAUGUCACAAUGUGUCCUUCGUCGAAUGGAGAGGAGAAGUGGGAAGUCAGAGAGACUGGGAAGGACAAUGGAUCGUCGCUGAUGGUGGUAGCCAGCAUUUUAGCAGAUCUGAACCAGCACGUCCCAAACUCACCCGCUCUCAAAAGGGAAAAAACAGAGACCUUUGAUAUCACAGAAAAAAUACACAUUUCUAUCACUCCUAAGGAGUUUGGGGAAGAAAGUGUGUCUUCGGCUAGUAAGCGUGGAGGAGGAAAAGCAACCACACCUACUAGCCUGGCUGCAGUAACUGAGCCAAGCCCAAGACAAAAGAACAAACGCGGGAGAAGCUGGACUGACCCUGGAUCACCCCAGAAAAAGCACAAAUGCCACUAUGUGGGGUGUGAAAAAGUUUAUGGCAAAUCUUCCCAUCUUAAAGCUCAUCUAAGGACCCACACAGGUGAGCGGCCUUUUGAAUGCAGCUGGCAGGAAUGCAACAAGAAGUUUGCUCGCUCUGAUGAACUGGCCCGCCAUUACCGCACUCACACUGGAGAAAAGAAGUUCAGCUGCCCUCUCUGCGAGAAACGCUUCAUGCGCAGCGACCAUCUGACCAAACAUGCCCGUCGCCAUGCCAACUUCCACCCGAGCAUGCUCAAGAGACGAAGUGGGAGUAAUUCAAGAACAGGGUCUGUCAGUGACUACAGCCGCUCAGAUGCCUCAAGUCCAACGAUGAGCCCUGCCAGCUCCCCGUAGACCUACCUGCACUGGAUGUCAGCACUUUGCCUCUAAUACCUAACGCGGAGUUCUGUUUGUGUUGCACACAUUUUAAAGAUCCUAUCGCUUUCCCUCCUCAAUUUUUCCCUGACCCCUACUUUUUAUAUAUAUAUAUAUAUAUAAAAUCAGUAAAUAGCUGCCUCCCACUGCAAUUUUCAGUCACAUUUUCUUCACCCAACCACACAGCGGCCAUUCUAACCUCAUGGACGUAAUGAUGGACUUACAUGUUCCACUUAGUGACUCCUGCUGUCUCAAUAUUUCAUACGUUUUACAACCACAAACAGAUCCUCUUGAUUAUUCUUUAUAAGAAAAUGAGAAAAUCUAAAAAAGAAAAAAAAAAAAUUAAUUCACCUCAGGUGUCAAAAGUAGUUUUGUAAGACCAGAUUGCACAACAUGAACAUACAUAACACUUACAAAUCAACUGUGUUGGAUGGUGUCCCCCUUCUCCUUUCUCAGGGAUGGAUAUUUAUGUUACACAAUAACUACAAUGAAGACACACCCUAACCGCAGCCUUAUUCUGUAAAUAGAUUUGCACUCAGAAGCUUUUUGUUAGGUUCUUUCACACACUGGGGAAAAAAAAAACAGACAAUACAAAAACCAAACCAGUACUGGAAUGUAGUACCAGACUCUUCUAUUGUUUGUAUUCCUGGCUAUACAUCUGCACCGGGGAGCAUCUAAACAGGAUCUUCUUUCUUGAAACUGCCCUCUGCUUUUGACAGCAAGCUACCUUCUCGCGCCACGAUGAAGAGGCUCCCAAACCAACUUCCUAUUCCAAAAAUCUCCAUGAAAUUGAUAAACUACUAAUUAUUUUUGUUUUAUGCCAGAUAAAAUUCUGAGCAAAUAAUUCUAAACAAGAUGCCUUAAGUAAAUAAUGUAAAUCAUGAGGAAACGCGUUUACACUGGGUAACACUGUAUUACAAAGUGACACAGAAUCUCAGAGGCAUUCUUUUUUCUCCAAGUUCUUAAGCUCUCCGCACUGUGGAGCAGCAGGGACCAGCAGAACACUCAAACCAAACCACACUGACUUGAAUGAUUUUCUUUAUCCUUUUGUUUUUUUUUUUUUUAAUUAUUUGUUUUAACUGAACUACGGAAAUAGAGUAACUGAACCAAUGCCCAUCACUGGUUUAUCAAGGUACUUACCUUCUGUACAGUUGUAUCUUAGUAAGACAAAUUGCUUAAGACAGCCUCUGUUUCCUGUUGUAUUGCAAUCAUGGUCACUGAUAAAAGGAAGAGAAAAUUGCAAGGUAUUCUGACUACAAAAAUAAAAUACGCAUUUCUAGGUGUUACAAAAAAAAGGCAUUUUAGCCCUCCUUACAGUUUCUUAAAAACAGAAAUAUCAGCAUAAAGAUUCUGUUAUUUCUGAAGAACUGCUUCGAAGAUAAAGGGAAUCUUAGCUGUUUUUCAAUGAUUUUGAAGUAUUGGGCAAAAUAUAGAGCACGAGGAAGUAGACCUUCAUCAUGUUUUGCAUGGUAAGAAGUACAGCAAAAAACCAGAGCACUGCAAUGUCCCAGAGACAUACGCUUUGUUUUGACUGGUUCUGAUGGUGCAUGCUAUAAAUCAGCCUUUUUGAUCCUGGAAUUUUGGGUGUUUUCUUGUUUUUACUGUAGAUUAUAAAAUGCAGGUGAGUGUAGCACAAUAAGGCAAAACUCUCUAUGCCAAACAUGCCAUUUGAUAUCAAGUUAAUGCUUACCCAUUCCAAAUGAGCUUGUAUCUUACUUGCUAGCUUGCAUUGAUCCAAUUCUGCAAGGUUUUUUUUGUACUGUAUAUUAACUGUGAGAGGCUAAUAUAGAUUCCUAAGUAGUUUCAUGGGUACUUCCAUAAUAUAUACGUUAUUGCUAAUACUAUACUUGUAUGCAUAAAUUUACAGGCAGUUCAAAGUGCAGAUAUUUCAGUAUUUUCUCAUGUUCAUUUGCCUCAGAUUUCACCUCCAGAAAAUCAUCAUCUUCCCCUUCUGAAUUGGAAGUCAUGCUAGGCACAGUUCUACUACUGCAUUUACAGACAAUGAAGGAACAGGGUUCUUUUGUGAAACAAGCAUUGCUGGAUUUCUGGGAUGAGCUGCCUAACCACUGUAUAGUACAGGAAAGCCAGAUUGUUUUACCUCGACAGAUUUCUUUUUUUAGAUCUCAGCUACUGAGAUUAAAAAAGAGUGAAAACCUUAUACUAUUCAGGUAAGAGGAAUUUACAUUCCAAUCAUUUCUGUGACUGAUAAAAGUGUUCUCGUGCUCUAGUCAGGAAAGGCGCAAUUAAGAUAUCCAGCUAAAGGAAUUUUACAGCUCAGCUGGGCCAUGUGCUCAUACUUGCAGUCAUAAACACGUUUGUCACUAUCGUUAGACCAUAAGAGGGAUAUGGAGGGAAAAAAUAACCUAAGUAUCAGCAACAGUCAUAGAUUUUUUGCUCUAACUUCAGUUUGUUCUAAAAUCCCCUUCUCCAACAAGAGCAUCAUUUAAUCUUUAGCAGAGGACAAACCACUCCAGCCCUCUCACUACAGCGUAACGUUCACCAUGAAUCAGUAGAUACACUGCAGAUUUUUAUAGCCUCGAGAAGGAAUAUUGCCACCAUGUUAUUGGUACAAGGAUUACGGGAAAUAGAAAUUACGGGACAACCUAUUCUGAGACAAAAACUAGUUAAUCUUUAACUCAAAUAGUAAUCUAAAACAUUUUAUGUAUUUUCCUUACAGAGAUUGCUAACAGCAGUAACUCGAGGCUAUGAUGAAAGAAAAAAAAAGACUGGGACAAAGUUGAAUUUCCAGUUGAGCCAGUUCAUCUAAUAUGAAGGCUGUGAGACUGCAUGUAGCCAAAAUAGCCACACUUUCAGUAGAUUCUCUGCAACUUGCCAUUAAAUUUAUUAUUAUUAUUAUUUUUAAACAUCUUAGCUGUAAACACCUCAGAGUCUGGUAGGCUGACAGCUGAAUUGCCAAGUUUUAAAAUCCUGGUUAGAGCUUCAGAUCUCUCCAUUAAACACGUAGUAAAUGAUAGUUCUAGGAUACAAAAACGAAUUCCAAACCACUGGUAGUUUUCAGUGCUGAAUGUAGGAGAAAACGUCUCUUGAUAUUAUCAUACAUGAAGUGAGAGUUUGGGGUUUUGCCAAGCAGAAAAACCAGCAAGCUCUUGUGACUCUGCACACAAUUUUUUCUUCUCAGAUUUGCAGAUAUAAGAAGUCUGAACAGUUUGCAUUUUUAAAUCUGGUCACUUGUUCAAACUAACCUCAGAUUUUUACCUUUUUGUUGUUUCACCCAGCUGUGUGACCCAAUCUGGUCUUCUCGCCUAGCAGCUGGUACUGCAUGCUCAGGAAAUAACUGCUCUGGGAAGGUGUGAAUUUCGUCCUACUUCUCAUUUCCCUGUGCAAUCUGUUGAGGUGCAUCCUCACAAACUAUAAAGUCGCCUUAAUUUUUUUUAUUUUUUAUUUUUUUUAAUUUCAGAACCCAGGAACGGGUUUAUUAAUAUUAAAAAGCCCCAAGAGUUGCUUUCCUUUUCUUCAGCCAUGAUUCUAUCUUCCUUUCAGGAUCUGAGCUGAUCUGCUUUGCUAUAAAAAAGAGUGCAAAUUAAAAUCACCACCCUACUACCAUCAUCCAAUUGCAACUGAAGGCACUCACAGUCUCCCUCCCAAACUAUCAGCUCAGGUCUUAGCAUUGGGUCAAGAUGUUAACUGUAGUACAUGAAAACAGAAAUGAAAGAAGUAUUAAUGUCCUCCAGAUGUCUAAGCAAUUUUUUUUGCUGAUAUAAGACUUGCCCUUAGAAACUCAUUCCAUUAACCCCAUCCUACGCCCAGGAUUUCUUUUUCAUCCUCCUUCUUAUAAAGCAGUCCUGGUAAACCACAGGCAGCUAGAUUUUAUUGUGAGAAUUCUUUAUAUCUGCAAAUUACUUAUUCUUUGCUCUUGUAAUACAUGCAUAGCAUUUGCUUACAUUACAUAACUGCAGAAGUACAUAUUCAUAACCAAACAUUGGAAGCCUGUGUUUGGUAACACCUGAUUCUCGUUCGUACCCAACCUUGAGUACUGCAUUAAUACUUGCAAUAACUUUCAGUUCUGUGAGCAUGUGUACACCCUUAAAACCUCAUUACCUUCUACCCAGAAGUUCAGCGCUUUUCUUUUUUCAUGCAGUCAGACAGGAAAAAGCUGUCUAAGAAGCUUACCUGUUUGAAGGUAUUCACAUUCAACCUGGUUUUCUUUCCCAAGAGUUUUAGGAUUUGCACUGUGUGAAAUGCAUUCUUGUUUUGGGGAAUACAAUUUAUAAAGAAUAAGAAAAAUGAAUUCUGCAUACUAAAGCUUGCUUUUCCAUUGCCAUUUGAUUUACUUAUUUCACCAGGUGAUGCCUACAAACUGACUUUCAGGUGCUGUUUUACUCCCUCACACCAUCUGUUCAUGCAUUGGGUGCUAACAUAUAGUCUGUGUCAGUGAACAGAAUGAUGAACAUCUGUAUUUUGAACAUUCUGGAAGAUAAUUUUCUCUUUGCUAUGAAAGUGGUGAUGUGCUGGAGCAGGCUGCCCAGAGAGGCUGUGGAUGCCCCUGGAGGUGUUUGGGGCUGGGUUCGAUGGGGCCCUGGGCAGCCUGGUCAAGUAUUCGAUAUGGAGUUUGGUGGCCCUGCAUGCGGCAGAGGGGAUGGAGCUUCAUGAUCCUUGAGGUCCCUUCCAACCCAAGCCGUUCUAUGGUUCUGCAAAGCUCUAGCUUUAGGAAGUUGAGAAUAGCCAAACUCUACUGGUUUAGCUCAUAAACCAGAAGAGAGAAUGCAAGAAUCCACUGAUAUACGAUUUUUUUUAAUAUUAAUUUUUAAAGUGUAUGCACACAGAUGUCUAUAUGUCUAUUGCACAGUAUGUGUGUGUGUGCAUACAUAAAUACAUAGCAGUGUAUAUGCACUACACUAAGAAUAAUGAAGGGAUGUCUACAGAGCAAAACUAGGUAUCCAUUUCAUUCUAACUAGCGAUGGGUCUGAACCAAAAUCCUAGAUCCAAACAACAUUGCCUUUGGAAAGUUUGAAUCUGGACUGGGUUGGCUUUUUUUGAGAUUUGUGGUUUAGUUUCAUCUCUGGUUACAGCUGUAGUUCCUUACGUGUACACGCAUUGUGAGGGAUGUGUGUGCAUGUGCACAUGUGCUUAUCCACGUGUGCCUGCCUCUGUGGGUGACAAUGUGCGUGCCAGUAAGUGUGCACAUGUUUACAUAUGUACUUUCAGCUUUCGGGAACUGUAAUGUUACUGGUGUCAUCUUCACCUUCUCCUGGACAGUUCUGUCUACAGCACAUGAAUACUUCCAUGGGUCACUUUCAACUCUAUAAAUCACUACAUUGAAGUAUUACAGUUGUACAGUUAUAUAUUUCAUCUAUACUUGCUCUGCUGUAACUUUUUACGUAUUUUGUACUUCAUAGAUUAUAUAUUGUGAUAAUGUCUAUACAGCAACAGUAAAAAAAGCAAAAAGGAAGAAAAUUAACAACUGUAAAGCAUCGUCUUAACAUGUAUGCAUGGUUAGUGACGUUUACAUUUUUCAAAAUAAAAUUUGUUAUAUGAAA